GUGGAAAAGGAGGCAUACGACUUCACGCUCAACCACCUGAAGGAACUCUUAAAGGUUGCAAAAGAAGCUCAUUCUCACUGGAAAAGAUGGAUCCCUCAUGGCAGACGGGAUGAAAUCCAAGAUCGGCUGGGAGGAUUGGAACUCAGGGUCCCCAAGCUGGUUUCCAGGACAGCAGAGUUCAUUCAUGCAAAGCUAAAAGAAGAUGAAGGAAAAGAGGAGCAAAUUGCAAUGUCCCGAAAUUAUUCCUUACCAACCAUCAAGCUAAAACCAACAUCGCUCCCAAAGUUUCUUGGGAACAAACGUGACUUUUACAGAUGGAAAAGGGACUGGGAAGCACUUCAAAAACAAGGAGAACCAACCGGUUCAAAGGAGGUGAAAAAAGCACAGCUAUUGGACAGUCUAGAUGAGAAAAUCACAAGAGACCUCCGCUUAAUCUCCUAUAGCACUCCAGAAGAUAUUUUUCAAAUCCUUGAAAACCGCUAUGGAAAUCAGACAGCUAUUGCAAUUGAAAUUGUGGAAGAGCUACAGAAGAUUCCUGCAGUUAGAGGUCACCAGCCAAGAAGAAUCGUGGAGUUGAUUCAAGCUGUUGAAAAAGCUCUUAAGGAUUUAAGUGACCUUGGAAAUACUGGUGCCAUUAAAAACCCUCUGGUGACAAAGUCAAUUGAAAUGAAGCUUCCUGAAGUUUUAAAGAAGGAGUGGCUCGUUUAUGCAGCUGAUAAAAGGAAUGCUGUGGUACCAGAGAAUCGGUUUGAUCACCUCCUUGCAUUUCUGAAAGAUCAAGAAAAUAUUUAUGAGCAACUAGAGCAACUGAGAGAGGAGGAUUCAAGUAGACGAGAGACCCGAAUGGAGCAAAGACACGCCAGAACCAAGUCAGUCAAAGCAGUUGAUGACUUUGCAAGUUGUGUUGUCUGUGGCGAUGGAAAACACAGGAAAAGACUCUACUUUUGCAAACAGUUCAGAACAUUAACAUUAAAUGAGAAAAGAGCUGCGGUUAAGAAGGUAGGAGCAUGCAGUAAGUGUUUGGAAAUACAUGAGGACAAAUCAUACUGCAAACCUGGGUUUUUGUGCAAGAAUCAAAGCUGCAGGAGUGGAGAUGAUCCACAUCACUACUAUUUAUGCCCAAGAGGAACCGAAUGGGGCCAGAAGAAGACAAAAGUAGCAGAAAGUAUACUGAGGAUCAAGAAGAUUUUCUUAAGAAAUUGUCUCCCGAGUUGGCCAAACAUUGCAGAGAUGUAUUUUCAAAUACUGCCUCUAGGGUUUUUAAUACAACUCAGAAUCAGUUAAAUCUCCUGAUGGAUAGUGGAGUGCAGGAACUACCAGUGUUGAUGAUGCUUCUUGAAGUUACUGCAAAUGCUGGACAAAAGAUCGGCACAUUAAUUGAUUUAGCGUCGGAUACAAAUUACAUAACGCACAAGGCUGCAAGCAGAUUAAAUCUCAAAAGUGAGGAGAUCACGCUCAUUGUCCAUGGAGUUGGAGGGAUGAAAGUUUGUGUGGAGACAAAACGUUACCUCUUAAAGAUUCGUGUGAAAACCUCCAAAGGCACCCUUAAACCUUACCAGCUUGUUUGUUAUGGACUUGACAGCAUUGCAGACAUUCAUAAGCAUGUGAAGGCAAAGCAGCUGCAAAGAUUUUUUCCAGAUGUACCGCUGGAUGAACUUGUAAGACCCAGAGAAAUAAGCUUACUUAUAAGCCACAGAGAAGGUCAGUUGGCACCACAAAGAAUUAGAGUUGUGGGGAACCUUGUACUGUGGGAUGGGCCCUUAGGAAAGGUGGUUGGAGGAACUCACCCCGAACUGUUUGAGGAACUUGCCAUGAAAGCUCAUGCAACCAAAACACAUUUUGCAAGGUCAAUGAGGACAGCUGCUGUGAGAUAUGAAGAAGUCAUUCAUGAAAUCCCACAGCAUCCGCCAUUAGAUCAUCAGGUCUCCAUCCAAGUUAAGGCAUCAAAGACUGCAACUACAAGCCGAGAUUUCUUGGAGUGGUGGAAAUGGGACAGUAUUGGCACAGCUUGUGAACCCAAGUGUGGAGGUUGUCGUUGUGGCAACUGUCAGCCAGGAGGAAAGGCGAUGACGCUCGCUGAAGAAAGGGAGCUUGAGGUAGUGAAGGAAGGCCUCACCUACAGUGGAGGAGACAGCCACACAGACGAACCUCACUGGCAUGCUAGAUACCCAUGGUUAGAAGAUCCAGCAUCCCUGCCAGACAACAGAAAUGCAGUCGAAGCUACAUUCUUUAGAACAGAGAAACAACUGGCUAAAGAACCUGACUGGAAAGCUGCUUAUACUGAACAAGUGCAUGACAUGCUUCAGCGUGGAGCUGCGAUUAAAUUGUCUGAAGAAGCAAUCAAGAAAUGGAACGGCCCAGUGUGGUACGUAAGCCAUCUAAUUGCUCCAAAUCCGCACUCGGUGACAACUCCUGUAAGACUUGUGUGGAACAGCAGUCAGAAAUUUAAAGGAGUAAGUAUGAAUGACCUGCUGAUGAAAGGCCCAGAUGUCCUAAACCCGAUCCGUGCUGUCCUAUUAAGGUUCCGAGGGGGAACUUAUGCUGCAUUAGGAGAUAUAAAGAAAAUGUAUAACUCUGUUUGGCUGGAAGAAAGAGAAGUUCACCUGCACAGAUUUAUUUGGCGUGAUUCUGAGGAUGAGAAAGUUGGAGAUUAUGCAGUUACAAGAGUGAACAUUGGAGAUAAACCUGCAGGAUGCAUUGCACAGGUGGCGAUGCGAGAAACUGCAAGUUUACCCUCAUUUAUUCAUCUUAAAGAAGAGAGGGAAGUCCUUCAGAAUAAUAGCUACGUUGAUGACAUUCUAACGUCCCACAAUGACCCAGUCAGGUUAAAGGAAAUCACAGAAAAUGUGGAGCGCAUUCUCAAAGCUGGAGGUUUCAAACUCAAACCAUGGGUGUUUUCUGGGCAAAGUGGGAGGAACAACAAGCAGGAUGAAGUGAAGGUAAAGACCAUGGUUCUACCAAACCAAAUGCAGGAUGAGGACAAUAAAGCACUCGGCCUGGGGUACAUUGUGGAGGAGGACAAACUUCAUGUCAUGGUCAGCAUAAAUUUUUCAAAGAGGAAAAAGAAGAUGCGACUUGGGCAAGACCUUCAGUUGGACCAAAUCAGAAGUCAAACACCAAACCCUUUGACAAGGCGAGAGCUUCUCAGUCAGGUGUCUGGUCUAUACGAUCCAGUUGGCUUGGUAACUCCUGCAAAACAGAAAGGGGCAAUCCUAGUGCGGAAAGCUUUCCAAGAGGCAAAGAACGUGAGUAACCAGGUCAAAGACACCUGGGAUUUAGCACUCUCCAGUGACCUUAGAGAAGAUGCAAUCAAGCUCUUUGAAGAGUACACUCAGCUUAGUAAGAUCCAGUUUGGCAGAGCAUUAACUCCCUUGCAUAACAGCAGUGACCCUUUAGCAAUUACGUUUUCAGAUGGAAGUGAAUAUUCUUAUGGAGCCGUGUUGUAUCUGAGGUGGGGUUCAGCUCAAGAUCCAAUCAUUAGACUGGUGGAAUCCAAAGCUAAGCUUACUCCAUUGGAACAAAAAGGUGAGGCUGUUAAAGCAGAGAUAUGUGGAGCUGUGUUUGCAUCACGUUUAAAAAAGUACUUUGAAAUGCACAGCCAAAUCAAAGUUGAGAAGUGGUAUCACCUUAUUGAUAGCCAAACAGUUCUUGGAGCAAUUCAAAGAGAAAGCUAUGGUUUUCAAUCAUUCUUUGCAAAUAGGAUUGGAGAGAUCCAGAGCAACACAAGAAUCCAAGAUUGGUGGUGGAUUCCUGGGAAUCAAAACAUUGCUGACAUCAUUACCCGAGGAGCCAGCCCUCAAGAUCUUGGUAUUGACUCUAAGUGGCAACAAGGCCCAGCAUUUCUAAAAUCUCCAGUUGAAAAGUGGCCAAUUAAAUCAUCUAAACAACUUGCUAUCGAUGCAAAAGGAAACAUCACCAAGUUGCAAAAGAAGGCAUUCAUUGCUGUAACCACAAGGACUAGGAUAAAGGAAUCAGAGCUCAAACAAGAAUUACCUCAGAAUCAAACGGAGGCCUUGGCAAAAAAGCAGCGGCCAUCUGUGUCCAUACAGAACCUGGUGGAUGUUUGUCGCUUUAGUAGUUUAACACGACUGGUCAAGACAGUUGCCUGGGUUUGGAGAGCGGCAAAGAGAUUCAUUAGAAAAAAUCAAGCUGCAGUUAAACCAAAGUGGGAGGCAGUCUGCUCAACAGGGGUAAUUUCUGUGAGAGAACGAGAAGAUGCUCUCAGGGACAUUUUUCUUGCUGCUCAGAUGAGUGCCAACUUUCCCAGAACAACCAUAGAUAGGUUGGUGGUUUAUCAAGAGGAAAAGUCUGGAUUAUUAGUCUGUGGCGGCAGAGUACAGAUCUUUAGAGAGGACAGAGCUGCAGUUCCCAUCAUACCCCAUGAUGCCUGGGUGUCAACACUGUUGGGCCGAGAAGCUCAUAAUGCUGCACAUGAUGGAGUUGCUGGAACCCUACUAAGGAUGAGGAAAAAAGCCUGGGUUGUAAAAGGAAGGAGGAUAGCCCAAAAGAUUGUUGACAGCUGUAUGGUCUGCAGGAGAGCUCGGGCUCUGAAGUGUCAGCAGGUGAUGGGCGAUUUGCCACCUGAGAGGGCUGAGCCGGCUCCUCCUUUUAAGUUCACCUCAGUUGAUCUCUUCGGGCCUUAUCAUGUCAGAGAUGACGUGAAAAAAAGGGUGACAAUUAAGGUCUGGGGAGUCGUCUUUUGUUGUAUGGCCAGUAGAGCAAUUCACACCGAAUUGGCAAGCUCGCUUUCCACCGAAAGUUUCCUGAUGGCUUAUCAGAGAUUUACUGCAAUCCGAGGUCAUCCACAGAAAAUCUGGUCUGAUGCAGGCACCAAUUUUAUUGGAGCAAAACCAGUUUUGGACGAGAUGUACAAGUAUCUGGGUACCCAAAAUAUAUCAAGUUUGGAAGAAACUGCUGCAAAGAACGGGACUGAGUGGGUGUGGAAGAUCCUUCCCGCAGACUCGCCUCAUAGAAACGGAGCUGCUGAAGCUGCUGUUGGAAUUGUGAAAAGAGCUUUCCAGAGUCUUGGUCAAGAAUUUGCACUAACGUUCAGUGAAUUUCACACAACUCUAUAUAACGCUGCCAAUCUUGCAAAUGAGCGCCCAAUCGAUGCCAGAAUACAGAGUCGAGAGGAUUGUAUUCAGUACAUCACACCUAACAGUCUUUUGCUCGGACGGGCAUCUCAGAGUAGUGAUGUGAAAAUGUUUGAUUUUUCCAGCUAUUCAUUCAAACGACUUGGAGCUAUGCAAAAUGAGGUUACUAAGUUCUGGAAGAGUUGGAGGCAGCUGGCUGGUCCCAACCUUUUUGUGAGGAGUAAAUGGCACACUUCCCACAGGAAUGUUGCUGUUGGGGACAUUGUCUGGUUGUGUGACCAAAAUGCACUUAGAGGACAGUUUAUGCUGGGCAAAGUUGUAAGUGCUAAUCCCGACAAGAAGGGUGUUGUGAGGGACGUAAAUGUCCAGGUUGUCCCAAGUUGUUGCACUCCUAUAACAAAACAUGUCAAGCAAAGAUCAGUGCAUCCACCAAAGAAGGAUAAAAUUAACACCACCAUUCUUCACAGGGAUGUUAGGAGGCUCAUCGUCUUAAUACCUGUGGAGGAACAAACAGAAAGUCAAACCACAGAGGAAUAAGACUCCAGAUGUACCCAAAGGCACCAGAACUGCGAUCUUCCCAGUGUUUCAUGGAAAGAUCGAGUGGGAGGUGUGAAGUCAAAUGAGGGGAAGAAAAAAAAAAAAAAAAAAAAAAAAUGCACUGUGUUUCACACGGACUUAAAAGAGGGACGGACAACAAGGAAGAGAGAGCAGAGAAGAAAGCAAGCCAGACAAAGAGGACGGAAGUUUGGGGGAUCAGAGAUCCUGGACACUUUGUGCAGAGGAGGACAAAUCUGUGAGACGAGCAGAGAGGCAGCCGGUAAGACAAGCUGUAAUGUCUAUUAAAUCAGACUGCAAGGUACCUCCAACAGGGCCUCCAGAUUUGCCAGCUCAUUAACACCCAUUGACAGCAACACCUGAACUGAAGAGGUGGAUUGUGGUGAAAGAAGUUUGGCAUUGAUUGAUUGAUUGAUUGAUUUUAUAAUUGCACUGAUUGUUGUGUUGUUGAAUAGUGGAUUUGGAUGUUAAGUUUACCUAUUAAUUAACUUAGCAUCAUUUAAGAAAGAUUUGCAACUGGAAGCUAUUUAUAUUUAUAAAAUAAAUAUUUAUGACUAAUAUUGAAAAGUAGAUAUUUGUAUAUUUAAAUAAAUGUAAUUGUAAAUAUUUAUACGAAAUGUAUUUUAAAGUUAAAGAACUUAAGUUUAGUUACUUGUUCAUUUAACUUUGAUUACUUUGUGGGUUUGAUUCACAGUGGUUUGCUUUGUAUUGUUUAUAUAGAUUACCAUUUCCUUUGUAGUUUAAGUGAAAUUAAUUUAAGUAAAUUAACUUAUGGUUUAGUAAUUGUUUGUUUAUUUUUCUUCUUUUUGGGCUUGUUUAAAGGUUUUUACCUGCUUCUGGACCAAUUUGCACAUGUCCUGUCAUUCACCAAAUAAAUGGAGGA